UGGUUCCUGUCUUCAGUACCUCGCCUCAGCCUGGCUUUAGGAGGUAUAGUGUCUUGGGGUGACUUGAGGUGUCUUGGCUGUCGCCGCCGCCACGAUGGGGAAGACUGCUCAUUCUUUGGGUCCAGAAGUACGACCCGACCCAGUGCGGAGCUUCAAUCGCUGGAAAAAAAAGCACAGCUACAGGCAGAAUCAAAAGAAGCAGUUGAGGAAGCAGCUGAAGAAGCCCGAGUGGCAAGUUGAGCGCGAGGGGAUCAGCCGCCUGGUGCAGAACUACGAGAAGAUAAAUGUAAAUGCAAUUACAAGAUUUUCGGAUUUUCCCUUGUCUAAAAAAACAUUAAAAGCACAUCUGGGAUGCUUGAAUCUGCCAGGUUCUCUUCUAGACUAUGAGGAUAAGGGUGUCUUGAAUUUCUAUGCGUAUAUGUACAAAAGAAGAAAAGCUAGAGUCACAAACCCCAUGUGCUCAUUCAUGCGCCUGACGCACAUUAAUAAUGAACAACAUUCUGAGGCUCUUGUUGAAAGGAGAGGACAAGGACCUCUAAAAUGUUCAGCUCUUUUUUCCAGUGAGAAAGCACAGGAAGAGGAUCUGAAACAUGAAGCUGAGAGGAUUAACAAUAUAAAUAUACUUGUUUGCACACCUGGCCGGCUUCUUCAGCACAUGGAUGAAACAAUAUGCUUCCAUGCCACCGAUCUACAGAUGCUAGUUGAUGAGCCUACACAGAUGCGUUUUUGUCGCUGGAAGCCCAUCGUUUCCAUGAGCACGCCUGCCACUUUGGAACAGAACUACAUAGUUUGUGAACUGCAGCAAAAAAUAAGUGUGCUAUAUUCCUUUUUGAGAAGCCAUUUGAAGAAGAAGAGUAUUAUAUUUUUCUCCAGUUGCAAAGAGGUUCAGUAUCUAUACCGAGUGUUCUGCCGGCUGCGUCCUGGUAUUUCUAUUCUUGCACUCCAUGGCAGACAGCAGCAGAUGAGAAGAAUGGAAGUCUAUAAUGAAUUUGUCCGCAAGAGAGCUGCAGUGCUCUUUGCUACUGACAUUGCAGCCAGGGGACUAGAUUUUCCAGCUGUGAAUUGGGUUCUUCAGUUUGAUUGUCCAGAGGAUGCCAACACAUAUAUUCACAGAGCAGGUAGAACUGCCAGGUACAAGGAGGAUGGUGAAGCUUUAUUAAUUUUACUUCCAUCAGAAGAGCAAGGGAUGGUACAGCAGCUUUUCCAGAAGAAAGUGCCUGUGAAGCAAAUCAAAAUCAAUCCAGAAAAACUAAUAGAUGUCCAGAAAAAAUUGGAAUCCUUUUUAGCCCAAGAUCAAGAUUUAAAAGAAAGAGCUCAAAGGUGUUUUGUCUCCUACAUACGUUCAGUGUAUCUUAUGAAGAAUAAAGAAGUAUUUGAUGUGAGCAAGCUACCUAUUACUGAAUAUGCACUGUCUCUUGGUCUUGCUGUGGCACCGCGAAUAAGAUUUCUUCAGAAAAUGCAGAAGCAGUUCACCAAAGAAGGGGCGAGGAGCCAAGCUAACAAAACAAUCGAGCACAGUGCUCCAUCCCUCACCAAUGAGGAAGUGGAAGAAUUCAGAGCCUAUUUCAGCAAGAAAAUGUCCAUCCUACAGGAAGGUGGGAAAGGCCUAGAAGAAACAGAGCACAGCCUGGAUAGUGGUUCUAGUGGUGAAGAACCGGAGGAAGGGGAGAAAGAUGAUGAAGAAAUGGAAGAGAAACCGGGAAAAGAAAGAGGGUCUCAAACUCAGUCUGUCCCUAACACUGAUGAAGGGCAGGAGGUCAAGGAUGUCCCUGUGCAGUUCUUGGACAGAGAUGAUGAGGAAGAGGAUGGACCUGAUGAUGAUUUUCUUAAAGUGAAGCGGCGUGAUGUGUUUGGGCUCGAUCUUAAAGAGAACAAAGCAUUACAGAAGAAAGAAUCUUCUAAAUCUGGUAUCAAGAAAAAAGUAACAAAAGUUGCAGAAGCAAAAAAAAUAAUGAAGAGAAAUUUUAAAGUGAAUAAAAAAAUAACAUUUACUGAUGAUGGAGAGUUGGUUCAGCAGUGGCCGCAAAUGCAGAAAUCUGCCACCAAGGACCCAGUGGAAGAUGAUGACUCUGGUGGUAUCAACUUAGAUAAAGCAAAGGAAAGGCUUCAGGAAGAGGACAAAUUUGACAAAGAAGAGUAUAGGAAGAAAAUUAAGGCAAAGCAUCGGGAAAAGCGACUGAAAGAAAGAGAAGCCAGAAGAGAAGCUAACAAGAGACAAGCAAAGGGCAAAGAUGAAGAGGAGGCCUUUCUGGAUUGGAGUGACGAUGAUAGUGGUGAUGGAUUUGAUCCAAGCACACUUCCAGAUCCAGAUAAACACAGAAGCUCCGAAGAAUCAGACAGUGAAGAAAUUGAAGAUAAGCUCAGUGAUGCCAAGAAGAAACAGGGGAUAAAGAAAAGAAACAACAGCGAAGUAGAAGCUGUGGGACCAGCAAGUCACCAUAGAAAGAAGGCGAAGUGGGAGACACUGGAGCCCUUGGAUACAGGCCUGUCUUUAGCAGAGGAUGAAGAACUGGUGUUACAUCUGCUCAGAAGUCAAAGCUAAAAACUUCCUGCUGCUCUCUGCUCCUUGACACCUUUGGAUGUCAUCAUGUGGGCAAGAAGUUAAAAAACAAACAGCUGAUGUUGACGUACUGAAGUCCCAUGAAUUCCAUUUCCAGAGGACGUGCAUAUUCUCCAGACAGAAGCAGUUGCGUCUCAGUGUCCUUUCAAGGCCAUACUUUGCACCAUCCUGGAGGACACUCAGAGUCAGGAUGGGUGACGCAGUUUCCUGAUCCCAUUCUGUAAUGUGUGCUCUGUUAGAUUUUUUAUCUAUGGUUUUCUGCUGCUUAUAACUGUGGAAAUGCUUCUCUUGUUUGUGGUCCGCAGGAUUGAGCCUAGGGCCUUGCAUAUUCUAGGCAAGCGCUGUAUCAUAGAACUACAUCUUUAGCCUCUGCUCCUUUUGUUUUACAGGUGAGAUCUGAAGUCUUUGUUUUGUUAUUGGUAAUUCCUCUUGCUUGCUACACAAAAGUUUUGAUGUUACCCUUAAAAUGGAUCAUAAUUUUGAUGUACAUUUUAUAUCUCUAAAGAGAUCAGCCCUAAGAAAGACUAAGGUAUUUUUUCCAUUGAAAUGAUCAAUAAUAAAUGUAUUUCCCAUAG